AAUUGCAUGUGAUACGGAUAGCUUCUCAGUUAGUACGACGUAGCCUAGAAUCUAUACGGCAUCGUAUUACUACGUAACCCAUCACUAUCCCUCUGCAAGCCAUGGACAUGCGCUCCGCCUGAAAAUUGCGGAAUUUGGCCGACGAAGGAAGUGAGCCAAAAAUUGAGAGCAAUAGCAAUGGAAGACGGCGAGAUAGAGGAGGGCAUGCUGGAGGAGGAAGAUGCGCAAGUACCUCAAGAACACCACCCUAAGACGGAGAAAUCACCGUAUGAAAUGCUCAAAGAGAGCAAGACCGCCGUGGAGGAGAUCGUGGCCAAGAUGCUCUCCAUCAAAAAAGAAGGCCAGUCUAAAUCCCUACUCAGAGAGCUCGUCACCCAAAUGUGCCUCCACUUCGUCACUCUCCGCCAGGCCAACCGUUCAAUACUGUUAGAAGAGGAUCGCGUGAAAGCGGAGACGGAACGUGCAAAGGGUCCGGUGGAUUUCACUACCUUGCAGCUUCAGAAUUUGAUGUACGAGAAGAGUCACUAUGUGAAAGCCAUAAAGGCUUGCAAGGAUUUCAAGUCCAAGUAUCCUGAUAUUGAACUUGUGCCAGAGGAGGAAUUUCUUCGCGAUGCACCAGAACAUAUUAAGGGCCCUGAACCUGCAAGUGAUACUUCACAUAAUCUAAUGCUCAAGAGGCUCAAUUAUGAGCUGCACCAGCGCAAAGAACUAUGCAAGCUUGGAGAGAAACUGGAACAGCGUAAGAAAGGUCUUUUGGAAACAAUUGCAAACCGAAAAAAGUACUUAUCAAGUCUUCCAUCACACCUCAAGUCCCUCAAGAAAGCGUCCCUGCCAGUACAGAAUCAAUUAGGGAUUUUGCAUUCAAAGAAAAUAAAGCAGCAUCAAUCUGCAGAGUUGCUUCCACCUCCUCUAUAUGUGGUUUACUCACAGUUCUUGGCACAAAAGGAAGCAUUUGGUGAAAAUAUUGAUCUGGAAAUAGUAGGAAGUGUAAAGGAUGCUCAAGCUUUUGCACGCCAGCAAGCUAAUAAAGAAACUGGCAUAUCUAUCAAUAUUGAGAAUUCCAGGUUGGAUGACGAUGCCGCUGAUGAGGAAGAUGAUGGCCAGAGAAGGAGGAAACGGCCAAAGAAGGUUCCAAGUAAGGACAACCUUGAUCAGGCAGGUGUAUACCAAGUUCAUCCACUUAAGGUCAUCCUUCACAUUUAUGAUGAUGAGGCUUCUGAUCCCAAGUCAGCAAAUCUUAUCUGUCUGAAGUUUGAAUACUUGUUGAAGUUGAAUGUUGUAUGUGUUGAGAUUGAAGGAUCCACUGAAGGACCUGAAAACAAUAUCUUAUGCAACUUAUUUCCUGAUGACACCGGCCAUGAGCUUCCUAACCAGUCUGCAAAGCUUCUUUUUGGGGAUGCUAUGGUAUUUGAUGAAAAAAGAUUGUCAUUACCAUAUAAAUGGGCCCAGCAUUUGGCAGGAAUUGAUUUCUUGCCAGAAGUUUCUCCAUUGCUUAUUGAACAUGAAACUCGAAACAGUGAGGCAGCUAAAAGUGAUUCUGUCGUAUCUGGUUUAUCACUAUAUCGCCAGCAAAAUCGAGUACUAACGGUUUUACAGAGAAUUCGCUCUAGGAAAAAGGCUCAUCUGGUUCUUGUGGGACAGCUUGAUUCUCUUUUGAAGCUUAAAUGGCCUUCUCUGAAUUAUGGAAGUGUUCCAUGGGCUUUGCAUUCUCCUUUAUGCAAUUUGCAUGGUUGGUCUGCUGCAGGUCUUGCAACUAGCGGGGCUUCAUCUUUGCCCGUCAUUGAUACAGAGCAAGUUCAAGAACCUAUAGAUGUGAAUAUGGAUGGAAAAUCAGGUACUCGGAACAAUGAGUCUGAGAGUGCAAGGGAAGAUGGAGAGCUUCCUUCUUUACUUCCUGUUGCGUCUGUUGGAAGGAACGAUAAGCUUACUUCCUCAAAACUAUCUAACUUAGAACAUUCGAGGCAGCUAUCUUUGAUUUCAAAGAAUGUCAUUUCUCCACUUAGUAAGGCAAAAUCACCAAGUUUCAGGAAGCAUGAUGAUUUAGAUCUCUGGUUGGAUACUGAUAGCGAAGUGGAUGAACCCACACACGUUGAGCCUGGGACAGAAAACGCAGCUUCUAUACGAUGCUAUGAGAUGGUGCAAGAAUCAUGGGUGGAUUAUGGGGUCGAGGAAUAUUAUCUUGUUCUAAGCAGGAAACUGGAUUUCAAUGAGAGAAAUGUUAGUUUGGAAGCCAAGGUCAAGAUCAGCAAGGAGUAUCCUCUAAGGCCACCUCUUUUUGCUGUGAGUUUUCAUGCAAGUGGAGAAAAUUCAUGUGAGAGUGAUGGAUCUGAGUACAAUGAACUCCGUGCCAUGGAAGCAAUGGUCAACCUUCAUAUAUUGAAGAUACUGCCUGAGGAUGAAGAGAAUUUUGUCUUAGCCCAUCAAGUGCGCUGCCUUGCAAUGUUGUUUGAUUAUUAUGUUGAUAAGGCAUCUCAACCAUUGGAAAAGAGAAAGAGCACCUCCGUCAUUGACAUAGGUUUGUGUGAGCCUGUUAAUGGCAGUCUUAUGGCCAGAUCUGUUAGAGGAAGAGAUAGGAGGAAGAUGAUAUCCUGGAAGGACAUGGAAUGUACUCCUGGCUUUCCUUACUAAUGGUAUAAUAUUCAAGGCUUGCGAAGGACAAUUUUAGUAGUUCCCCUGUGGUUUAUGUAAGCCCUUGUUGCUUUCAGGAUUAUCUGUGAAUUUCGGAGAUAAUAAUUUUAAGUGUUUAUUUUCCCAA